UGAUCUGUCAUCCAUAAAGCUGCGCUAAGUUGUAAAAAUCUAUUUUGCUAUAUUAUAAAUCUUCGAAAAUGAGUAAGUCCAAAGUUGUUUUGCGCGAUAUUUCGCCAAUAAUGCAAAAAUUUAGGGAUUUCCUUCUUGGGAGGAAACACACGAACGCACUUCGUUUCGAGCCUCUGAUAGCCGACAGGACCCAGCCACCACCAGAGAUCCCUGAUGGAGUGUCUCACAAACAUUCUCACAACUAUUACUUUACCCGAGACGCUCGUCGUGAAGUAGCGCCGCCCAUGGAUUUAACUAAGAAGCUUUUGGAGGCCAGCUCUGACAAAGGAGGGGAGAAGCAAGCAGCUAAUGUAAGACCAACCCCAGGACCUGUGUACCAAUGGGACAGCCACUACUGAAUAGUACCCUAAAAAUGAAUUAUAUCUGCAAUACAUAAUGUAUGAAGAAUACAAUUUUAAGUUAAAUAAAAGGAUGUAGAGUAAGUGAUUACUUGUUUUUCUAUGUAGCUAAAAGGUAAUUGUUAUUUGGUUUUUAAUAAAGCAUCAUUCUAAAGACUA